AUGGAUCAACCGCCACCGCCACCAGGCCACACUCCCGACCCGGCCACACCUGAAAACCACGCUCCGGGAGACACAUCCACCAGUGGCCCGGCUCACUCACCGAAGUCCCCCGUCUCCUCCGUCAAGAGCAACCCCUCCGCCGGUCAAGGGGGCAAUGCCACCGAACCUGGGACUGCAGACGUGGCCGCGAGUUCGUCCAUGCCGCCCCCAGCCCGGCCCAUAAAGAGCCCACGCGCACCUCUGGCUCAAAGCAGCCUCGACACCAUCAACGCUGAUACAGGGAACGAUGAUGCGGUCUCCCUGAGGUCUCGCACGGCCGAGACCAGCUCCACUCAAAGCUCCAGUUCCCUGCGUGACGUCGUCGCUGCCAGCGACGACCAGGAGUCGGAGACCCCUCGCUUGAAUCCUGGCACUUCUGCGGACUACGUCGGCGACCACCCGCUGCCUGACCCCGCUAUGCCGUCUUCACGCUCUUCCUUCUCCGAGGCUGACAAGGAACUCAAGCGCAUGAGUGUCUCUUCCAUCUACUCUAUGGCCUCCGCUCGCGGCAUACCAAGCUCAGCAGCAUCGGUUACUGGCUCUGAUACUGGCUCUGCCGGCACCCAUCGCUCCGUGUCCGGUAUCAUCGCCUCUUCAUCUGGGAAACAAGGCGAGACCGGUGUAUCGAACGUGACCGUUACUACUGGCAGUCAGGGCACGCCUGGAGGAAACCUUGCUCCCCGAGAUCAAUAUCAACAUCUCGCCGACCCCCCUAAGAGGAAUCACCCGCAACCACCUCGCUCUGACCCUUCUGGCGCCCCCAGGCCUCAACCAAUCAGAGAAAGAAGUCGUGCUAAGCGAAGACUCAGCGGUAGUACCGCGGCUAGCAGCCACAGUCCAAGCGGUGACCGGACACCUCACCAUAGGGAGAAGGAGGAGGCGAAACCCGCGCCAUUGGGCCUCAUCGGCGUGUGUGCCUUGGACGUCAAGGCCAGGAGCAAGCCCAGCAGAAACAUCCUGAAUCGUCUUCUUGCGAAUCGGGAAUUCGAUGUUAAGAUAUUUGGAGACAAAGUUAUCCUAGACGAAGAUAUUGAGAACUGGCCCGUGUGUGACUACUUGAUAUCAUUCUACUCUGACGGAUUUCCACUUGAAAAGGCAAUCGCCUAUGUCAAGGCACGGAAGCCAUUUUGUGUCAAUGAUGUGCCCAUGCAGCAGGUUCUAUGGGACCGACGUCUUUGUCUCCAUCUCUUAGACAAGAUCGACGUCCCAACCCCAAAACGCUUGGAAGUGAACCGUGACGGCGGAUCCCGUAUCCUGACUCCCGAGUUGGCGAAGCAUAUCGAGGACGUUACUGGCAUCUCCCUGGAACCGACUCCCACUGACCCAGAAAAGAUGAAAUUGCCCCGGAAGGUAGAGCUGCUGGAUGAUGGUGACAUACUCAGCGUCGACGGCGCACUGCUUAAGAAGCCUUUCGUCGAGAAGCCCGUGAGCGGCGAGGAUCACAACAUCAUCGUCUACUUCCCCAAUGACGACCCUGACUAUCCCGGAGGCGCGAGAAAAUUGUUCAGGAAGAUCGGGAACAAGAGCUCCGAGUUCGUGCCCGACCUCAAGGUCCCGCGCUGCAUCACUCAGCCGGCGGAGAGCUUCCUUUACGAAAAGUUUAUGAGAGUCGUGAACGCAGAAGAUGUGAAGGCAUACACAGUUGGUCCCAGCUAUUGUCAUGCGGAGACUCGAAAGUCACCUGUCGUCGACGGUGUCGUCCGGCGCAACACGCACGGCAAAGAGGUCCGCUAUGUGGCUCAUCUCACUGACCUGGAAAAGAGUGUUGCAAGUAGGAUUGCGACGACCUUUGGCCAGCGCGUCUGUGGCUUUGAUCUGCUGCGAGCCGAUGGGAAGAGCUAUGUCAUCGAUGUCAACGGGUGGAGCUUCGUCAAAGACAAUGAUGACUAUUACGAUCGAUGUGCAAAUAUCAUGAAGGAGAUCUUCAUCAAGGAAAGAGUACGUCGAGGGGCAAUGACGCCGCCCAUGCCCUCUCCUGCUAUAUCGGAUGUCGAUCCAAUGUCCAGGGCCGCGACUUUCGGCACCCAAGAGAAGGGCCCCAAGGAGACCCCUCUUACCGGAAUGCUGCCGAACCAGAAAUCAGCCACUGGUAUUCAAGGGCCCAAGUCGACGCAAGACGUCAGGGCCGCACACUCACCCGUUCCGGACCCAGCUCCAAAGUCAGAGGUCGUCACCGCGUCCAAGGCCGGGAGCGGCGCUACGAGUCCUCUACUGCCCCUUUCCGAGCCUCUCGUUAACAGCAAGUCGUCCUCGGCGGCAGGGACUGUGCCGGUCACGCCAAAUCUCCAGGAACUAGCGACAGAAGAAGAGGAUGUGCAUACACCGCCGCCACCUCCACCCAAACACUCUUGGAAGCUCAAAGGCAUGGUGUCGGUCAUUCGACACGCCGAUCGUACGCCGAAGCAGAAGUUCAAGUUUACGUUCCACACCGAUCCAUUUAUCGAAUUGCUCAGAGGCCAUCAAGAGGAGGUACUCCUCAUUGGUGAGCCAGCACUGGCGAGCGUCCUCGAAGCCGUCGAGAAAGCCAUGAGGGCUGGCGGAGAGGACCGCGAUAAGCUUAGGGCGCUGCGGAACGUCCUGGUCAAGAAGAGCAGCUGGCCAGGCACCAAGGUUCAGAUCAAGCCAAUGUUCCGCAAGAAAAAGAACGAAGAGAUGACCCCGGUUGACGAGAAGCAAGUUUCUCCGAGGGAAACAAGUUCACAAACCACUGAAGAAGUGCCCGAGGCCUCAAAUUCAGGAAACGAGCUUUCCAGCACUGAGAAUAAGCCACGCUUCCCUCCCAAGCGCCACGAUUCUCUUUCAGGUGUCACAAUGUCGAAGAUCACAGCUGCAGAGAAUGGUCUCGUUCUCGAUAAGUUGCAACUGAUCGUGAAGUGGGGAGGUGAGCCAACGCAUUCAGCCCGUUACCAAGCACAAGAGCUAGGUGAAAACAUGCGCAAUGACCUGGCGAUUCUGAACCGUGACGUCCUUGAUGAGAUACAUGUCUUCAGCAGCUCAGAGAGACGAGUGACGACGAGUGCCCAGAUUUGGUCGUCUGCCUUUUUGGACCGCACAGACCUUCCAGAGGAUUUCAUUCAGAUUCGGAAGGACCUUCUGGAUGACUCCAAUGCUGCGAAGGACGAAAUGGACAAGGUCAAGAAGAAGCUCAAGGGUCUCCUCCGCAAGGGUAACGAACGACCGCCACAGUUCGCUUGGCCAGAGAACAUGCCCGAGCCGGCCGAGGUGCAGACCCGCGUUGUUCAGUUGAUGAACUUCCAUCGCCGGGUCAUGCAUUUCAACUUCAGCAAGUUGCGCAGCGGAGCUGUGAAUUCGCAACGCGGUUUCCCAACCCAGGUCACGGCGGUUAAUGAGAUCCAAGCCCGAUGGUGUUGCGGAGAAGACGCCGAGCUGUUCCGCGAACGAUGGGAGAAGCUGUUCACGGAGUUCUGUGACGGUGAGAAGGUAGACCCUAGCAAGAUCUCCGAGCUAUACGACACGAUGAAAUUUGACGCGCUUCACAACCGUCAAUUCCUAGAGUGGGUAUUCAGGCCAACUAAGGAACUGGUUGAGGAGUUCCGCAAGCAUGGCGUCGUCGCAACAGACCAAGACGGCAAGUCGGCUCAAGCUGGUAAGGAAUCUCAGCAGCCCGCCAAGUCGUCCGAGGACGGCAAGAACGGGGAGAAGGGCUCUGCCAGAGAUGGCGAGAGGGAUGACCAUAGGGUCAGGCGUUUAUUCAGAAGGUCAUCCAUGGGCAGCAGCAUGCGGAAGGCAGACAUUGUGGGGGAUGCAGAAAAGUACUUUGGCCUUCAGAGGGGCUCGCCCGAAAGCCAGACCAAGGCGAAGACCGAUGAUCGUUUUGAGCUACUGCGGGAGUUGUACCAGCUUGCCAAAGUCCUGUUCGACUUCAUCUGCCCCCAGGAGUACGGUAUAUCUGACAGCGAAAAGCUCGAGAUUGGCUUGCUUACCUCCCUUCCGCUCCUGCGAGAAAUUGUCUCCGACCUGGAAGAGAUGCAAGCCUCGGACGACGCGAAGUGCUUCUUCUACUUCACCAAAGAAUCUCACAUCUACACCCUCCUCAACUGCAUCCUCGAAGGCGGCAUUGAGACUAAAAUCAAACGCAGCACCAUUCCGGAGCUGGACUAUCUCUCACAGAUCUGCUUUGAGCUUUACGAGUCCGAGACCAAUCAGCCACAAGGCGCCGCCACAGGCGAGGGCUAUCCCACCUUCAAUUACAGCAUCCGCAUUGCCAUCAGCCCAGGAUGUCACGUCUAUGAUCCGCUGGACGUCCAGCUCGAUAGCAAGCACUGCAUCAGCUGCGCGCAGAGGAGGACCCUGACGCCGCACUGUGACUGGAAGGAGGUCAUCGAGACGUUGCGUGCCAAGUUCCACACCGUCAAGCUCCCCAAGAGCUUUGUGGCGGUCAAUCUUUCGGACGCCUUCUCUUGGUCGGAGAAGCAGCAGCUAGACGGCCAGGAUCUGCCAGAUGCCGGUGAUGUCCUGGAAAUGAGGAAAGCCCCGGAACGUCCAAAGACGGACAGCGAGGCCCAAGUACCCACAGCGGAACAGGCACCUGCAGCAACUGAGGACCCUACGCAGGUGGUUUCUGCUGCUGCGGCUGCACAGGACACUGAAGGGGAGUCUACCGAACAGGAGGGCGAAGCCACUGAGACCCAGCAGGCUGGUGGUUCGUGA